GACUGGCAACAUUACAAGAAGAAGCAGGUGAUAUUUGUUCUCUGGGGUUUUAUAUCGUUCUCCGCAGCCCUAAAUUGCGAUGCAAACCGGCUUAUUAUAAACAAAAGAAAUGGAAGACCACGUCGAGCCGGAGCCCCUGCUCCAGUCUAGGACCGCCAAAAACCUUCUGCGUUUUCUGAAUCUCCUGCCAGCUCGGAUGGCCUCGCAUGACAACACCCGGAGCACCAUUGUUUUCUUCGCUGUCUGUGGUCUGGAUGUUUUGAACUCCUUACAUUUAAUUCCGCCCCAUUUGCGGCAGGACACUAUUGACUGGGUCUACGGGGGCCUGGUGGUGCCACGCGACAACGAAAGACGCUGUGGCGGUUUCAUGGGAUGCCGCGCUAUGCUUCCAAAAACGGAAGAUGCUGACGUUUUAGAGUGUAUGCGGAAAUAUCAGUGGGGUCACUUGGCCAUGACCUACACCAGCAUAGCCGCUCUAGUCACCUUGGGCGAUGAUUUAUCCAGGCUGGACCGCAAGAGCAUCGUCGACGGUGUGGCUGCAGUACAAAAGAAGGAAGGCAGCUUCGGAGCCUGUAUCGACGGUAGCGAGGAUGAUAUGAGGUUCGUUUAUUGCGCCGCCACCAUCUGCUACAUGCUCGACUACUGGGGCGACGUGGAUAAGGAGGCCAUGUUUCAGUUCAUCAUGCGGAGCUUGAGGUAUGACUACGGUUUCAGCCAGGAGCUGGAAGGGGAGGCCCACGGCGGUACCACUUUUUGUGCCCUGGCGGCUUUGCAUCUCAGCGGUCAACUGCAUCGGGUGGAUUCUACUACAAAAGAGCGAAUGAAACGAUGGCUUAUAUUUCGCCAAAUGGACGGUUUCCAGGGACGACCUAACAAGCCCGUGGACACUUGCUACUCCUUUUGGAUCGGUGCUUCCUUGUGCAUCCUAGAUGCUUUUGAUCUGUCCGACUAUGCGAAGAAUCGAGAGUAUAUCAUAAGCACACAAGAUAAAUUAAUCGGCGGGUUUGCAAAGUGGCCCCAGGCCAACCCCGAUCCGUUUCAUACGUACCUGGGCCUUUGUGGAUUGGCCUUUAUCGGAGAGCCCGGCUUAAACGCUGUUAAUCCCAGUCUGAACAUGUCCAUGGCCGCCUACUCCCACCUGCAGCAUCUUCACGAACAAUGGCGAUCUGAAAACGGAAAAGGCGACGAAGACCUCGGCCUAAGCUCCGCCGCUCAGCAGCAACUGAAGCUCAAGAUAAAGGAAGGCGAUGUGAAAGAUACGACUGCUGCGACUACCUCCAAUUCGCCAUUGAUUCCGGCACAAUGAUGGGAAUCGAACGGAACAAACGACUUAAAGCACACUAUUGUAUUUACAUUGGCCGCAUUUUAGCCACGCCACGCUUUUUUACGUAUAUUUUGUAUUUUUAUGAAGAGACGCUUUGGCUUUUAGAGAGUGGAUGGAUAAAUAGAAAUAUGUUUAUUGUACAGCCUUAAUUAAUGUUACACUGUAAGAGUAUGCCUAAAGUUAAAAUAAAGCGUCCCAUGCAUGAAGCAUGUAUUUACAGCGAA